AUGUCUCACAUCACCAAUAACAGAGCUGCAUUUAUCACUGGCAAGGGAAUACGGCCUCUGGAAGUUGGCCCAGGGCCCGUGCCAAACCCUGCUAAGAACGAGGUUGUUAUCAAGGUGGCCUAUGUGGCUAUAAAUCCAGUCGAUGCCAUAACUCAAGAUAAACCGUCUGUGGAGCUUUCCUACCCAACCCCAAUCGGAGAAGACGUGUCCGGCACAGUUGUUGCUCUCGGCUCAGAUGUGACUCAAUUCACACUCGGCCAGCGUGUGACCGGGCACUGCGAUGGCCUUCUCUCAAGGAAACCAACCAACAUGGCCUUCCAGCUGUAUGCAACUUGUCUGGAGGUUCUAGUUUCCUCUAUUCCGGAUUCGGUGCCCUUGGUUAACGCGGCUGUGCUUCCUCUUGCUGUGUCUACGGCUUCAACGGGAUUGUUCUCCGUGCUCAAAUUGCCUUUCCCAACGAUUAGCCCGGAGCCUACUGGGCGCACGGUCCUUAUUUGGGGAGGCAGUUCAUCCGUUGGAUCUUGCGCUAUUCAAUUGGCGCUCGCUGCCGGCUUCAAUGUCGCUGCCACAGCCAGUGCGAAGAAUCAUGAGUAUGUGAGGAGUUUGGGCGCACAGCAUGUCUUUGAUUACAAUGAUGCGGACGUUGUUGACAAGGUCACGGCUUUCUUGAAGGAAGGGGAUCUUGUUUUUGACUGCAUUGGAACUCAGGAUGUCAUGGGUGCCUGUGGUGGAAUUUUGAGUAAGAUCGGAGGUGGGAAGCUUCCGACUGUGCGAUACCCUGAGCCGAGCACGUAUGACAACGUGACAAAUUCAUUCGUCAUGGGUCUCACUCCGGGCCUUGUCGACACGUCCAUCGGCGUCGCCGUUUGGCACAAGUACCUACCAGAAGCUCUCAAAGGGGGCAAGUUUCAGGCGAAACCAGAGCCAUUUGUUAUCGAAGGUGGCCUCGAGAAGAUACAGGAGGGUAUUGACAUGAUCAAAAAGGGCGUUUCUGCGACGAAGAUUGUGGUCGAAAUUGCGAAGUCUGCAUAA